AUUCAUAAAUGCAUUUGCACACUUUCAAUACUUACCUCCAUUCUCCCAUCUCCUAUUCUUUUUUCUCUUAAACUUCUCCUUCUUCCACAUCUGCUACAAAGUGCAAACUCCAGUUUCUGCGUAAUGAAAGAAGAACACAAUUAAGCACGUGACGGCGAGUGGGCGUCACGCACGACGCCGGGUCGCGCCACGUCGCAUAGGCGCGUGGCGAGCCGGCCCAUCUCUUGUCUCUGCGACACGGGAUGCGGGACAAGACGAGUGCUGCAACGCGGCACGCGACGAACCCGUCUCUCCGGGAUGGGUCGCGGGACGCCGCGUAGUGGAUGCUCUUAUUCUUUUGAAUCAAAUUCACAUUGCAAACGGAGAGAGAUGCCAAGAUCAAGGGCGAGUGAGAUGCCUCAACGGCCGUAUCCUCGGGCUCCGCACAGCCUCCGGACCUCCUCAAGCUCAGACUCGGAUCCAGUCCAUCCGCGCUCGAGGACCACCGUGCGGAGCCCGAGGCUAUCGGAGCCGCUGAAUCAGAGGAAGCUAGGGAGCCGCAUUGCCGAUCUCGAGACUCAGCUUGGGCAGGCUCAGGGCGAGCUCAAAUGCCUCAAGGAUCAAUUGGCCUCUGCCGAGGCAGCCAAGACAGCAGCUCAGGAGCUUCUUAACAAGAAAUCAAGGAAGCCUAAGAAGGUUGUGGAAAUGGAAGACAAGAAAGAGAGUAAUGAGGAGUUCUAUGAUGAUGUGUUUGAAGUGCCAAUGGAGAAAGCAGCUGUGGAGUCGAAGGAAUCGCUGCGGGAUGAGACAAGAGCGCUCAAGGAGAAGAGUAGAGAAGCUGAGGUUGUUGGUGAGGAAAAUGCAAAGAUGAAGAUGGAAAUCGAGGAGCUGAGUUUGAAGCUGAAGCAGGUCAAUGAAGAAGUGGAGAAGAGUAGAGCAAAUGUAGCAAGCAUGAAGGAGAAAGUGGAAGCUAGUGAGAGAGGGAAGGUGGAGUUGGAGAUGGAGAUGAAGAGGCUUCGUGUUCAAACGGAGCAGUGGAGAAAGGCGGCGGAUGCAGCUGCGGCAGUGUUGGCUGGGGAAGUGGACAAGCAGGUUUAUGGAAGCUCACCGGAGGAUUCCGACGAUGGCGGCAAGAGGAGAGGUUCUGGUAUUAAAAUGUUUGGAGACCUGUGGAGAAAGAAAGGAAACAAAUAGACUGUUUAGGUUCCAAAUAAUGCUUGUUUUCCAUUUGCAUUUGUUUUCAGUUUGGAAUGUACUACUAGUAGACUAUAUUUGAUUUGUGUUUGCAGACAAUUCAAUGGUAUUCAUUUAA